AUCACACUUCCAUCAUUCCUCCCACAUGAGAAUGGCCUUUCUAAGCAAGAGCAUGCUCUUUCCUCUCAUUACCAUCAUUGCAUUCUCUGCAGUCCCUUGCUCAAAUGGGCUGGGCCCAAGUCCCAAACAACCAUCUUCUCUAGUUCCCUCCUCUACCCAACUUCAAUACCAUCAUGGCCCACUCCUAACUGGGCCUACAAGCAUCAACAUCUAUCUCAUCUGGUAUGGAGCCUUCUCUCCCUCCCACAAACUCACCAUUUCUGAUUUCUUCGCCUCCUUCAACCACUUGGCGAAGCCCGCUUCCAUCUCGACGUGGUGGCGAACCACCCAAGCCUACAAAGACACGGCCCGCAAGCCGGUUUCAGCCACAAUCAGGCUAGCUAGGCAAGUCUCCAACACCAUAGUAGUGAACAAUCUCAAGCGAGCCGACAUCGCCGCUCUAGUAAAGAAUGCAAUAGCAAAACGAGUGUUUCCAUUCGACUCAAACGGCAUCUACUUAGUACUAACAUCAUCAGAUAUCGCCGUAGAGCGAUUCUGCAUGGGAUCAUGUGGUUUCCACAACGCGACGCUUGUUUCUCCCAAUCGAAAGGCGGUUUUCGCUCAUGUAGGUGACCCAAGCUCCCAAUGCCCAGGCCUUUGUGCAUGGCCAUUCGCCGUCCCACUAUAUGGACCACCUGGGCCAGCUUUAGUGGCGCCCAACAGUGUUGGCAUUGAUGGGAUGAUCAUGAACAUCGCGACCGUUCUUGCCGGGGCCGCCACGAACCCAUUUAAGAAUGGAUAUUUCCAAGGAGAUGCCCUGGCGCCACUAGAGGCUGUGACAGCCUGCGCUGGAAUAUUCGGUGCCGGCGCAUAUCCAGGCUACCCAGGGAAGUUGAUGGUGGACCCAAAAAGCAAAGCAAGCUACAAUGCUUAUGGCAUCAACCGUCGGCGUUUCCUUGUACCGGCCAUGUGGGACCCUUUAAGUGUCACUUGCAAGGUUGUUGCAUGAAGUAGAAGUUAAAAUCAGAGUACGAAAAGCUCUAUAAGUACUUGAAUGUGUGAUUAAGAACUAAGAAAUGGAUACAUCGUUUGUUAUUAUAUUUGGGUUUUUUAAGAGAGUGGUGGAUUUGUAUGUAUCCAUGCAAAGGGUCUCUAUUUAUGAGGGAAAGGGAAGGUUUGUGUAAACGUUUGAAAUUCGUCUUGUAUUUGAUAACAUGCAUUAUAUUAUAUUCAUGUGGAGUGAAGAGUUCGUUGGCUCAA